CGCUGCGUAAUCAGUCUUUCUACGUGUGUUGAUUCAAGUGCCUUUCGUUUCGUUCCUCUUUUACGCCAGAACUGGUGGCGAUUUUAAUUCAUUUCGUGUUUCGAUCUCGACUUGGCCACUCGUACGUGGUUUCGCACAACUCGGCUGGCUGCAAUCGUCAUUAUUGGUGCAAUUAUAUAGAUUCCAUCGCCACACGCAAAUCUAUCGCGCAGAAGAACAGAACCGAGAAAGAUCGGUGUUGUGAUUGUGCGGCCUAGUUCCCGAAGGUUUUAUACCAGUGCCAGAACGCAGAGUGAUAACGAAAGUGAGCUCUCAAUCAAUCCGUGUGAAGCAAAGGAAGCAGCAGCAAAAUGGGUGUUCCAAAGGUCUACGUCGUCGGAGUCGGAAUGACCAAGUUCGAAAAACCCGGUCGGCGGGAGAACUUUGACUAUCCACAGAUGGCCAAGGAAGCCGUGACAAAGGCGCUGAACGAUGCCCGUAUUCAGUACAAGGAUGUUCAGCAGGCUACUGUGGGAUACGUGUAUGGUGACUCGACCUGUGGCCAGCGUGCCCUAUACGAGGUUGGGUUCACCGGCAUUCCGAUCUACAACGUGAACAAUAAUUGCUCAACUGGGUCUACGGCCCUGCUGCUGGCCAAGCAGCUGAUCGAAACCGGAAACAAUGACUGCGUGUUGGCGCUGGGAUUCGAAAAGAUGGAACGAGGUUCGCUGACCUCGAAGUACAUGGACCGGACCAAUCCGGUGGAGUUGCUGGUAUCGGCCAUGGCAGAGAAGCACGACAUCACGGGUGCUCCCAUCUCGGCGCAACUGUUCGGCAAUGCCGGGUUGGAACACAUGCAAAAGUAUGGAACCAAGCCGGAACACUUUGCCAAAAUUGCCCACAAAAAUCACAAACAUUCCACCAACAAUCCCUACUCGCAAUUCCAAGAUGAGUAUUCGUUCGAUCAAAUCGUAAAGUCGACACAGGUGCACGAAUACCUGACGAAGCUACAGUGCUGCCCCACUAGUGACGGUGCCGCAUGCUGUAUUCUCGCUUCGGAAAGUUUCGUCAAGCGUCACGGCUUGGAGGGGCAAGCUGUUGAGAUUCUAGCCAUGGAAAUGUCCACCGAUUUGCCAUCAUCGUUUGGGGAGGGCAGUGCAAUGAAAAUCGUCGGCUACGACAUGACCCGCAACGCAGCCGAAAAGGUCUUUGCCAAGACGAACUUCAAACCCCUGGACGUCGAUGUGGUUGAACUGCACGAUUGCUUCUCGGCGAACGAGCUGAUCACAUACGAAGCUCUGGGACUUUGCCAGCCGGGUAAGGCGGCCGAGUUCAUCGACCGAGGCGACAAUACCUACGGGGGUCGCGUCGUUGUGAAUCCGAGUGGAGGUUUGAUCUCCAAGGGACAUCCCCUGGGUGCUACUGGGCUGGCCCAGUGUAGCGAGUUGUGUUGGCAACUGCGAGGUGAAGCCGAUAAGCGACAGGUUAAGGGCGCGAAAUUGGCGUUGCAGCACAACAUCGGCUUGGGAGGUGCGGCUGUGGUGGGUCUGUAUCGACUUGGGUUCCCGUAUGCUAAGAAGUCGAUCAACCUAAACUUGACGUCGGCGGGUAAACUGAAGGAUACGCCUGAAGGAUUUUUGGUAGCACCGUACAUGAAACUUCUGGAAGAAGCGAUGGCAGAUGAUAAGGACAAUCUGAUCGAAAAGGUACGAGGCAUCUAUGGAUUCAAGGUGACCAACGGACCCAACGGAGCUGAAGGCUACUGGGUCAUCAACGCCAAGACUGGAAAGGGUUCCGUCACUUACAAGGGAACAGAAAAACCCGACGUCACCUUCAUCAUAAACGACAUCGACGUGGUGGAUUUGAUUUCCGGCAAGCUGAACCCCCAGAAGGCCUUCUUCCAGGGCAAGGUCAAAGUGCAAGGCAACAUGGGACUGGCAAUGAAGCUGGUGGAUUUGCAGAAGAGUGCAAAUUCGCGCAUCGAGGAGCUUCGGGCGAAACUGUAAACCAAGCUACUUGGUCGACACUACAAAUCUAGUUUAAGUAUAAAAAAAGCUGUUUUAAUAAGCAGAUAAUCUUUAUCUUUGUUCCGUCGCGGCAUUUAGAAAAUGUGGUGAUUUAUUGUACACAUUAGGUUCAGAUAUUUUUACAAGAAAUAAAAUUUACACUGGUGAUAGUCAACUAA